GCCUUGGAACGUGUCGUUGCGUGUAGUGUCGUGUCGCGACGAUUCCGUCCCACCGAGCAGUUCGUUCGUUCCUCUUCGUCCUCCCGCCGGAGUAGAGAGUUCUCGUCCCCGUUGUAUUACUCGACCAACCAGCAAGAUGAGUUGCGGAAUGGGAGUGAUCAAGUACCUGCUCUUCAUAUUUAACUUUAUUUUUGCGCUAUGUGGUCUGGCGAUACUGGUCCUGGGUGUCCUGGCGCACAUGAAAUUGACGCACUUCGCCGACGCUAUUAAGGAGAAUGUGACGUUCCCGUCGAUCACAUUGAUCGUUAUCGGCAGUAUAAUUUUCGUCAUCGCCUUCUUCGGAUGCUGUGGAGCGAUUCGCGAGAGCCACUGCAUGACCGUGACGUUUGCAUCUCUGCUGCUGACGAUCCUGAUCAUACAAGUAGCAGUUGCGAUCUACGCAUUCGUUGUGCUGAAGAACGACGAUAUCAAGAAAAGCAUUAGGGAUGUGUACGCGGACGAAAUCUUCAAGAAGUACGAUGACAGCGAGGAGAGCCGAAAUGUAGUAAACGAAGUUCAGACUCUCUUGGAAUGUUGCGGUGUGGACGGCGCCAGCGAUUACGGACGCCUAGUAAGGAGCCCUAUACCGUGGUCUUGCUGCGGUGGUGCGGAAAAUUCCGUCUGCCCUGUUAUAAACGCUCAAACCAGGCCAGGUUGCGCAUCUAAGCUACAGGACUCCUUCCAGUACUUGGGAGCGGUGUUGGGUGGUAUCGCUCUGGGUGUCGCCGCGGUUGAGCUGGUCGGCAUUAUCUUCGCGCUCUGCCUGGCGAAUUCCAUAAAGAACGAGCAUCGUAGAGGCUACAGGGUGUAAGUGGUGGUGCACCAACGAGGGACGCCGCAUCGCGCGGAAAGCUUUAAACGCGCAACAAUAAUUUUAACGUCAUUCUACCGUCAGUGUUAUUCGCCUAUAACAUGUGAUAGAAUACUUACGCUUUGUAAGAUGAUAAAUGUUUUUCUUUUUCUUUCAUAUUCUCUUACUUUUACAUUUUCUCUCAUAUUCUCUUACUUUUACAUUUUCUUUCAUAUUCUUUCUUCUUGUUUUUUUCCAAAGAGAGCGAGGCAAAGCGCGCAUGCCUCGUCUCUCUCGCGAGUUUUUCCUCGUGUCGUCGUCAGUCGUGAUCAAAGUGCAGACGUGUUUGCCACAGAGACAAGUACUUUCCCCUCCCGACCCUUCACGUCGGAAUCUAAUACAUAGAGCUCGACGCACGACCUGGCAGUGAAUGUUAGAAUAAUUGUUGUUAGCCUGACACCAUGUUUUCUUGGUCUUUCGUACGAGAGUAGUAAUCCCUUAUUUAUACAUACACAUACAUGUAUAUAUAUAUAUACAUAUAUGAUUAUUUUGAUACGAUACCGUUGGACUCAUGUCUAUUCUCGAUAGAUUUUCGAAAAGGAAGAAAAACAUUGGCGCGGUUCAACGUAUAAUUCUUGAGAUCAUUUCAGCACGACGCUCGUUUGUACAUAUUUCCUCCCGAUGAAGUUGGCAGCGGCCAUCACAUGAUCCACCACCCACUUGCGCAGUUAAUCGGUUACGGUAAAAAUCGAAUGACUCUACACAAUGUGAAUAGCGCUUUUUAUUAUACUCUUAUCAGAUAGAUAGAUAGAAAUAUAAUAAAAAUACUUGCAUUUUUCGCGAAUCCUCCGUUGCAGUCGUGACGGACGUCUCGUAUGCCGUCACUCCGAUCACUGUCAUAAGCGAUUAUUGCACAAGCUCGCAAUCAUAACCGUUUGACACGCUCCCAACUUCAUCGGGAAAGGCGUGCGCAGACCGUCGUGAACUCGCGAGGAACAAAUCGAAAUACCUCACAACGGGGGAGAAAAAAAACCAGAGAGACGAGUGAUAAUAUUUUAUUAUAGUAUUUUAUAUAUACGAGGUAAAAAAGAAAAGUUUAAAGAAAAAAAAAGAAAAGGAUAUUUUCGUAUAACGCCAUUGUGUCUGGGAAGAUCGGUUAUUAAACGUCGCUGUUUCGAUACUUUCGUAAAAUCUCUGCAUACAACGCUAACACAUCUUGUUUGUACAGCACAAAGUUUAUUGUAUAAUUUUGAGAUGAACGCGAUGUUAACUAUAUAUUAUAUAUAUUAUAUAUACACAUAUAAAAAAAUAUAUAUGUACUUGUAAUAAAACGAAAAAAAACUUCGAUCUACGAGAAAGAGCUCGUCGUUGUGCCGUGCCCGCGCAUUUUGUACAGCAUUUCCGGCGAGGCGCGCGAGAGAUCGCGGCGCGACGAUCAAAAAGAGAGCAGGGCGGGUUGUGUAUACAGCUGGGCGUGGCAAAGAAAAUAUGUAAAUAAUUUUAUCCAAAUAAAGUGUCGACUUUAUUCAUCGUU